GCACCAUCCGGCCCGUCCGGCGCAGCUACUACGACCCGUCCUCGGCGCCGGGCAAGGGAGUCGUCUGGGAGUGGGAGAAUGACAGCGGCACGUGGACGCCCUACGACAUGGACGUGGGCAUCACCAUCCAGCGCGCCUACGAGAAGCAGCACCCCUGGGUGGACCUGAGCGCCAUCGGCUUCUGCUACGUCAUCGACUUCGCCACCAUGGGCCAGAUCAACCGGCAGACCCAGCGCAAGCGCCGCGUGCGCCGCCGCCUCGACAUGGUGUACCCGCUGGUGUCGGGCACCCUGCCCAAGUCGCAGUCGUGGCCGGCCAGCCCCGGGGCGGCGGCGGGGGCCGGCGCUUCCAGCAGCCCCCCCGGCGUGGGCGGCGGCAAAGGCUCCCGGCCCGGCCUGGGCACCCUGAACCGCAGCCACCUGCAGCGCCUGGCCAUCGCCCAGUCCCGCGUGCUCAUCGCCUCGGGGGUCCCCACCGUCCCUGUGAAGAACCUCACUGGCUCCAGCCCCGUCAACCCAGCGCUGGCAGGUAUCACGGGGAUCCUCAUGAGCGCGGCCGGGCUGCCUGUGUGCCUGACCCGGCCCCCCAAGCUGGUGCUGCACCCCCCGCCCGUCAGCAAGAGCGAGAUCCAGUCCAUCCCCGGCAUCUCCCACUCCUGCCGCAAGACCACCAAGAAACAGGCCAAGAAGGGUAAAACCCCAGAGGAGGUGCUGAAGAAAUACCUGCAGAAGGUGCGGCAUCCGCCGGAUGAGGACUGCACCAUCUGCAUGGAGCGGCUCUCUGCCCCCUCUGGCUACAAGGGGCCCCAGCCAGCCGUCAAGCCUGACCUCGUGGGGAAGCUGGUCAAGUGCAGCCACGUCUUCCACCUUCACUGCCUGGUGGCCAUGUACAACAACGGCAACAAGGAUGGGAGUCUGCAGUGUCCCACCUGCAAAACCAUCUAUGGGGUGAAGACAGGGACGCAGCCUCCUGGGAAGAUGGAAUAUCACAUCAUCCCGCACGCGCUGCCCGGCCACGCCGACUGCAAAACCAUCCGCAUCAUCUACAACAUCCCCCCGGGGGUGCAGGGACCAGAGCAUCCAAACCCUGGGAAGAGUUUCACGGCCCGUGGCUUCCCUCGGCACUGCUACCUGCCAGACAGCGAGAAGGGCAGGAAGGUACUGAAGUUGCUGCUGGUGGCCUGGGACCGGCGGCUGAUCUUCGCCAUCGGGACCUCCAGCACCACGGGCGAGUCGGACACGGUGAUCUGGAACGAGAUCCACCACAAGACCGAGUUCGGCUCCAACCUCACCGGCCACGGCUACCCCGACAUCAACUACCUGGACAAUGUCCUGGCUGAGCUGGCAGCCCAGGGCAUCACAGAGGAGAGCCUGGCGCAGGAGAAGGACUGAGACCAUGGCCAGGAGGCAAGGAAAGG